CUGUCUACUGCCAAUCAAACUCCCGUUAAGCAAACGGCAAUGUCACACAUGACUGCUUUCAACGCCUGCAAGGGACAAUAGCACUUUCUGGCUAUCAGACUAGAAAACCUCUAUCUUUCUCCAUCGCUAUGUCGGUGCUGCAAACACUUGUUUGCCUGGUCGUAAUUGUAAAGGUCUCCAGUGGCGCGAAUCUGAAGACGCGACGUGAUGUUGAUUAUAGAGCUAAAGUUGUGGAGAUUUUGAAGACGACGCCGCUUAUUGAUGGCCACAAUGAUGUACCUUUUCAGUUACGUAGAAAGUACAACAAUCGAUUCGAGAAUUUCACCUUUGAUCAUCAACCCACAUGGCAUACGGACCUCCCUCGACUGAAGAGAGGCAUGAUGGGAACACAGUUGUGGUCAGCCUUUGCCUUCUGCGCCAACCGAAUGAAGAAUGCUGUUCGCCAAGGACUCGAGCAAGUCGCUAUCAUAAAGAGAAUGACCGAUAAAUAUCCCGAAGAUUUUCAGUUCGUUACCACAGCACAAGGGAUCAGAGAUGCUAAAAAGGCUGGAAAAAUCGGCUGUAUGAUUGGUCUAGAGGGAGGUCACAUGAUUGAUUCUAGCUUGGCAACACUGCGCAUGUUCUAUCUGCUGGGGGUACGCUAUCUGACGCUGACUCACUCUUGUCACGUGCCAUGGGCUAGUACCUGCUCUGCGCCGAAAAAGACCUCUCACAAUGGCCUGAACGCCUUCGGCAGGACGGUCGUCAUGGAGAUGAACAGGCUUGGUAUGAUGGUGGAUAUUUCACACGUGUCUAACGUCACUAUGCAUGACGUCCUUGAUGUCACCAAGUCCCCCGUCAUUUUCAGCCACUCGUCGGCCUACGCCCUCUGCAAACACCCGCGAAAUGUCCCUGAUGAUGUUCUCAGGAGAAUGCCAGCAAACGGUGGACUUGUGAUGGUUAAUUUCGCGAAUGAUUACGUUAUUUAUAAUGCAACUAGACGUGGAAUCACCGUAAGAUUGACCGACGUUGCGGACCACAUCGAUUACAUAAAGAAUGUGUCAGGAAUCGAUCAUGUCGGAAUUGGGGCAGAUUACGACGGCGUGCCUUAUGUCCCCCAAGGCUUAGAAGAUGUUUCCAAGUACCCAGACCUCCUGGCCGAGCUAAUGAGACGUGGAUACACUGAGGAUGAUAUCAAGAAAGUUGCUGGAGAGAACCUUAUCCGUGUGCUUGCCAAAAAUGAACAGAUUGCAGAGGGUAUGAAGAACACACGCCCUUAUGAUGAAUACCAGUUUUAUGCAAAUGUGACAUGCCGUCCAAACUUUGGGGGAGGUUACGGUGCAUAUACACAACGCUACAAAAGCUAUGUAAAAGUCUCACCAAUUAACUUGUCAUAAGCAAGAUUUUAAAGCAGCUUUAGCUUCAUAAACUAAAGCCCUAAUACCUUUUUACAAUUUCUCAGUUUUCUUUGUUUGUAAAAAAAGUCGCUUUUAAAAAUGACUGUUCUCUUAUUUUAUACAUGAAUAACAUGUUUCCAUUAAGUGUACUUUUUCCCUGCUAGCAGAGGCCUCUUUUUUCUGUAUUUCUUUGAGUUCGCGAGGAAAAUAUUUUCCUCGCGAACUCCAGCCCAGCGAAAUACAGAGAAAAGAGGCCUCUGCUAGCAGGGAAGUGUACUUUUAUCAUAGAUAGGUACUUAACCCCAAUAGCUACAGGAAAAUGUAAACUUCAUGUCAAGAUUUAAAUUUUCUCUGG